AUGGAUGGGCGAGCCCACCAUGGAGCCCAAGUGUGCUCUGGCACCAACCCCAGAAAGUGCCAGGAGCUAGGAGACUCAAUUCUUCUGAUUCUGGGAAGCUUCAUCUUGCUGAAUGUGGGGAUCAAUGUGGUGACUCUGCUCUGGAGGCAUCUGAAGAGCUCCCUGAGGAUUCUUUUCCAUCAUUUUUUCCCCAAGGAUCCCAAGAACCUGUGCUCAAGAGUCUCUUCCUGCUUCCAUCAUCGCCCAAGCUUCCUGCUCGAGCAGCGUAACCACCUUGACUCCAGGAUACCAGACAUGAAUGACGAGAAGGCUUCAAGGUGCUGCUGUAUGCUGCCUCAGUGUAGACACACCAGGGCUCCUGUGGAGGCUUCAUGGGGACUACGGAAGGAGGGGAUGGUGGGAGCUGGGGGUGCUCCUCAGGCCACACCCUUCGAGGCCCAAGCCACCUUUCUCUCCAGGCAAAAGACAUCUUCUGAGCUCCCCAGGAUGAGCAAGCUGGACAAGGUUCCACUCUGCUUGCCCCAAGAGAGCAAGACUAAGACCGCAGACUAUGAUCCAGCCCAGGCCCCAGCCCAGGCCCAGCCUCCCUCCCCAGUUCGUCCCCCUGAGCACAGCCCCCACAAGGUGCAGACCCCCUCCCCAGUGCAUCCCCCUGAGCACAGCCCCCACCAGGUGCAGACCCGCUCCCUAGUCCAUUCCCCUGAGCAUACCCCACCUCAGGCCCAGACCUGCUCCCCUAUCCACUGCCUUGAGCGCACCCACCCACAGGGCCAGAUCCACUUCCAAGCCCCCACUCCUGAGCACAUCUCUACCCAGGCCAAGACCUACUCGCCAGCCCUCACUCCUGCGCACUGCCCCACCCAGCCUGCACUGUAG